AUGGCCCAGUCUACGGAACCUCAAGCCGCUCUCGCGGGCUCGGACUCCCUGGUUCCUCACGAUGCCGACGCUCUCCUUGGUCUUUCCCUCAUCAACGCACCGACUUCAACGGGCAACCUAAUCUUCCCCGGUACCAGCGCGGACAGUACGACGGUGCUUGUUGAGAAACUGAAGCAUAACUUCCUGCACCACCACGCGUUCUUCAGAGGACAAAGCUUUCACAACCAUGUGAUGGACCACAUUCUCGCCGUAUAUGGAUUAGGCGGCUCUCCAGAGGCAAUCGAGGAGACGUACAUCUCACACGACUACAACGAGCCUGUCAAGCCCAGCCCUGAGCGUAUCACCGAUGCCAACUUCUUCAAGCACCUUGGCGACGAUAAGUAUUACUACGCGUACAUGAUCUACUUCUGCAAGGCCCUCUCGACCUCCUCGCCCACUGAGGUCCUCAGCAAAUACAUCUUUUCAUCCGCAUACAACUACAACGCGAAUCUUGCCCCUGAUGAACAACAGCCUGCGAUGCUCGACCGCUUCCUCGCCGGCAUAGUUCACCCCCUAAUUCACGUCGGCUAUGGCGUAGAAUUUGGCAUCGUACAGCAGAUUGCUGACGGACUUGCACAUACGGCUAUUCAUUCGGCCAUCCAGGGUUCGAUUCUACCUUCGGAGUUCUUCACGUCUCACGAUCCACUCUUACGAGGGCUGUCUUCGGAAAAGCACCAGACGACGCGACCCCCAUUUCUUUCGUUCUUAUCAGACAUCCUUACCGAGUCCAGGUUGUCCGAGACGGCUCUGAAACCCCCUCACGAGGACAAAGCAUCGGCUCCGGUCGAGUACAGGGACGUCCUCAAGUCAGGCGCUGGCAAGCUAGUCAAGGAACUCACAGACAAGUGGUACGAUGCCUGGACCGCUGGCGUGCCCGAAGGAGAGCUUGAGGCUCGCCUCGAAGGCAUAGUUGAAGAUGUGCUGGUGAUGUGCGCGCUGAUGUACAGCGUAAGCGGUUACGCUGCCAAAGGGGACAGCAAGUUUAACGCGGACUUCUUCUCGAUGCACUUCGUCACAUCGUCCAAUUUCAUUCCAAACUUCUGCCUUCGCCCUGAGCGCACUCGCGCGACAGCGCUCAACCCGGCGCUCCCACUCUCAUCCCGCCUGCUACUCCUGCGCGCCUACCUUUCCAGUAACGCGCUGUGGUUCCUUGCACGCCCGCGCCCCUCUCUUUCUUCAUUCGCCAAAGCGAUCCCGGCUUUCUAUGCCGCAACCGAUACUCUGCUCUCUCCGCCACCCCCUCCGCACGCGUAUGCCCCGGGCAAGCCACCCAAGCGCGAGUUCAUCGACCCUUCCAAGCAGAAGACGAUGCCUGCGGGCGCACGCGCGUGGCCGCGCAUCAUUACAAAUGCCGCGUGUCACCCGAACGAACAUCUACCCAAACUGGUACGCGCGCUUGCCGCUGCGGAUACUUGGUACGGACGGCGAGCGCAGGGCGAGUACGGUGGCGCCCUUCAGGGUUCUGAGCUCCUUGAUGGAACCUUGUUCUUGAGGUGUGCUCUCCUGAGUAUGGAGAGACUUGGAUGGGCUGCGGAGGAUGGCCCUGGUGCGAUGUGGGAUCGGGUAGGCUACCGACUGGCCGCCAAGUGA